UCCGGGAGUCUGCAGCAAGGACUGCAAACCGCUUGGGGCCAGGGGCUGUGCCAUCGGGAAGAUGCUGCUGCGAACAGCUUGGAGGCGGGUGGCUGCGGCAGUACCCCCAGUUCCGGGCCCGGGGCCCGAGGCGCCCACUCGGGGUCUGCGCCUGCGCGUUUUAGACCAUGCUCCCCAGUCUGCUGUUCCUUCAGAUACAGCCUCUGCUCCGGAGGUGGAGUCAGUGCUGCGACCUCUGUAUAUGGAUGUGCAAGCUACAACUCCUCUGGACCCUCGGGUGCUUGAUGCCAUGCUCCCUUACCUUGUCAACUACUAUGGGAACCCACACUCCCGGACACAUGCUUAUGGCUGGGAGAGUGAGGCAGCCAUGGAGCGUGCUCGCCAGCAAGUAGCAUCUCUCAUUGGGGCAGAUCCUCGUGAGAUCAUUUUCACUAGUGGUGCUACUGAAUCCAAUAAUAUAGCAAUUAAGGGGGUGGCCAGGUUUUAUAGGUCACGGAAAAAGCACUUGAUCACCACACAGACAGAACACAAAUGCGUCCUGGACUCUUGCCGCUCACUGGAAGCUGAGGGCUUUCAGGUCACCUACCUCCCAGUGAAGAAGAGUGGGAUCAUUGACCUGAAGGACCUAGAAGCUGCCAUCCAGCCUGACACCAGCCUGGUCUCAGUCAUGGCUGUGAACAAUGAGAUUGGAGUGAAGCAGCCCAUUGUAGAAAUAGGGCGGAUUUGCAGUUCCAGAAAGGUCUAUUUCCAUACUGAUGCAGCCCAGGCUGUUGGAAAAAUCCCUCUUGAUGUCAACGACAUGAAAAUUGAUCUCAUGAGCAUCAGUGGCCACAAAAUCUAUGGUCCCAAAGGGGUUGGUGCCAUCUACAUUCGCCGCCGGCCCCGUGUGCGUGUAGAGGCCCUGCAGAGUGGAGGGGGGCAGGAGCGGGGUAUGCGGUCUGGGACGGUGCCCACACCCUUGGUGGUGGGGCUGGGGGCUGCGUGUGAAGUGGCGCAGCAAGAGAUGGAGUAUGACCACAAGCGAAUUUCCAAGCUAGCAGAGCGGCUGACACAGAAGAUAAUGAAGAGCCUUCCAGAUGUGGUGAUGAAUGGAGACCCUGAGCACCAUUACCCAGGCUGUAUCAACCUCUCCUUCGCCUAUGUGGAAGGGGAGAGUCUGCUGAUGGCACUCAAGGAUGUUGCCUUAUCUUCGGGGAGUGCCUGCACCUCUGCAUCCCUGGAGCCCUCGUACGUCCUUCGAGCAAUCGGCACUGAUGAGGAUUUAGCUCACUCUUCUAUCAGGUUUGGCAUUGGCCGUUUCACUACAGAGGAGGAAGUGGACUACACAGCUGAAAAGUGCAUUCACCACGUGAAGCGUCUUCGAGAGAUGAGCCCUCUCUGGGAGAUGGUGCAGGAUGGCAUUGACCUUAAGAGCAUCAAGUGGACCCAACACUAGAAGAGAGGGCUUCUGACUAUGUGCUGGCCUGGCUGCUCCUGCCUCAUCAACCCAUGCACAGCCCAGCACCUUGUUACACCAGUGGGUGUUUCAUGUUCAAACCAGAAUUGAUAUAACCCAGUUGACUUCAGCAUCAGCUCAUCUCCAAGACAGAAACACAGGAAUACUAUCUUUCUGGAGUCUCAGUUUCUUUGGUGGGGAACACUCCCAUUUCUCAGGAGUCUUUCUCUGCUCUGAUGUGAGUGUAUGUCUCACCCUGAAACAGGAGGGACAUCUGUUACACUAUCGCUGCUGGACAUGUCCGUAUCCUUGGUGGGGAGAGCCAGAACUGAAAGAAGGCCUUUGUUCAGGGACCCCAGUGCUAUGCAUGGACACUUGAGUUGUUGCGUACAGCUACUAACAAGACUGAUUCCUUCAGGAACAAGUGUAAUCAACUAGAUUUAAUCUUUUCUGUGGCUCCAAAGGACACCUCUUCAUAUUGAUUGUAGACUGAACAGAUCUUACAAAGUGUGUCUUUCUGUCCUUGUGUCCUUUUCUUUUGACCUAGUGGAGUGACAACUGUCUGUAUAAUUCUACCUAUUAUUCUAAAAAUUUGUUUCUUUUUAAAAGUUUGUUAAUUUGCAGAUUGAAGAAAUAAAAUCACAUUCCUCUAUUCACUCUGUGACUUUAUGAGAAGCCCAGGGAAAAUUUCAAUAUGUGUUGGGAACUGUGGAGCAGACCAUUACUACAUUUGAUUUCCAUAGCUCUUCUUUCAGCAAUUAUUUGAGUGCCUGUCAGGAGCCUGAUAUUGUUCUGGACACUGGAGAACAGGACCAAAAAGGACCUUGCCCUCAUGUGGAAAGACAGAAAAUAAGGAGUAAACAAAUAAGGAUAUUAUAGGUUGUGAUGAGUGCUUUGACAGAAUUGGAGUGGUAAAAGGGAAUAAUGGGGAGAAACUGCUAUGCUGGCGAUACUAUGAGAGUUUUUCUGAGGAGGUGUUAGUUAAGCAAAAAUGUGGUUUCCAGUCAUGGAUAGAGCUAGGAAUGAGUGAAGGAUGAGAAACAGCAGCAAAAGCAAAGGGCCUGAGGUAUGAAAAAGCACAGCAUAUUUGAGAAACCAGUAGAAGGCCAGUGCAGCCAGUGUCGAGUUUUCCAUUUGUGGAUCUGAAACCACAGGUGGGUAGUUACCAGAAUACAUACAAGUGAGAGUGAAAUUAGACUACAUCACACAUAUAUUAAAUAUUUUAGUUAUAUAUUUGCAUGCAUGUACCAAGUUGGAAAUGUAUUUCUCAUGUGAGUGGUGGUCAAAAGUUUGAAAGCCACUAAGCUAAAGUAUGGUGAAUGCAGAUAGAUAGGAGAAAGAGAUGAAAU